AACCUGGUCUCAUGGGAAAUACGUACCUCUGCACACUUUUUUGCAGCGCCACAAAUAUGUACCACCUGGUACGUAUUGCCACAGUUUUGAAACACAAACGUCCACUGGGGUCGCUAAAGAGAAGGACUGCAUGACAUUGUGAUCGACAGUAAGAGCAGAGGUUCCAGUCAUAUCAAAGAGGAAGAAGAGUAAAGUUUUUUAUUUUUUUUUAGCCUAUCAAGGAACAGGAGAUUUGAAAAUCAUCUGUAAUCUCACUAUCGCUCUGCCUCAUUCAGUACAACGAAGACAGAUAUUAAAAAUUAAAUGACUGAGAGAGUCAUCUGAUCAGCCUACAGAGAAAAAUAUGGAGGAGGAAUUACACUGUGAUCUUGAGGAAAUAAUGGCUGAUUUGGAGGAGAUGCAGGUAUUUUGUAUAAAACUAUGUAGCAUGCUUUCUGCAUCAAUCAGUAUUUCACUAAUGUGGGAAAAGAAAAUGGAUCAUUGGAAUUUGUUACUAUACCACUGUUUGUAUUUUUUGCAACUUCCAUAAAUGAUAUUCUGAAUCAUGUUAUUAUUUCUUAAAAAUGUAUAUAGUUCGGAGUCAUUGUUCUACCUCUUAUGUUUGAGUAAUACAGAGUGAGGAAGCGGUCAAAACACCACCUAAAAAACAAAAAAGAAAAAAGAUUGAUCUUAAACUUAGGUGGAAAAAAAGAGACAAAGAAGGAUUCUUGGUCUAUGAGAAGCGCAAACCAAAGAAAGACUGAUCUGGAAAACCAGUUGCCUCAACCAUUGUCUCUUCAAGUAACCCUCAAGAAGUUGAGCUCGAAACUGCAAGCACAUCUGAAGCCUUAACUUCCAAACAACAUUUUGGAGAUGUAGAUGCACAACAGAUUAUUGAUUUACAACUACAGCAACUCCAAAAUGCAAUGGAGUGUGAUGAACCCAGAUCAGCAGCAUCUCAUCAUUGGGCAUUGAGGCAAACCUUGUCUGAAGAACGCUGGGAGGAAGCAAGGCCAAAACUCCUUGACAGUUUGCUUGCUUCAGACUGUGUGCAUUAUGGUCCUUGUGAUCACUGCAGCUUGAAACAAGCAGUCAUCAGGUGCAAGGACUGUUUCCCGAAACCCCGUUACUGUGGCCAGUGUGACGUUUCUACACAUCAACAUCUUGUUUUUCACAACCGAGAGACUCUUAUAGAUGGAUUCUAUAAACCUCUCCCACCAUCAACUGCUGUGCAGGACCUCAGUGGCCAAAAUGUCAUAUAUGAACAAGUGUGUCUGCUGCCCAUUACACGACCAGACAAAAUUUGUGAUUGUGACCCUCAAAACCUGGCUGUUGUAGCUGGACGAUCUGUUGUGCUCAUCUGUAUAAAUGGUUGCUAUGACGUCUUCCUGCCAGUGAUGAAUUGCAGAGCUUGUCUUGCAUCAUGGACACCUGAGGUGGUUGACCUGUUGUUUAGUGGUUACUGGCCAGGCACUGUCGAGUUUCAAACCAUAUACAAGGUAGACCUCUUCACGUCGUUUGAGGACCUGAAGAUCACUGCACCUGGGCUUUCAAGACAAGCAUUUGUGAAAAUGUUACAACAGCGCUCACAACAAUUUGGAAGGAGUGGUAACAUUUGUGGCAACGUGUUCCAAAAAGCUUUCCUUGAAUGGACAUAUUGUCGUCAUAAAAGAGAAAAACUCUGCGGCAUUGAUCACUUCUCUUGCCCAGCUUGCACCCCAGAUACAGUUGCUGUGUCUGCAGACGGAAACAGAAAACUAUACAGAUUCAGCAAAACAAAGGGGACAGAGGAACAACCAUUUUUUGAUGGAGUUUUUCUGGCUAAUGACAAAGAUGUAGCAACAUUUGUUGAUUGUGUUCGUGAGAAGACCAUCCCAGUACAUGGAAAAGGCAUCUGUGGAACAUCAACAUGGGCUGCAGCCAGGGAGACCUCUAAAAAGACAAACACUAAAUGUGAUGAAGAGGGCCUAGAGGUGGCAGUUUGCAGGCACAGCAUAUUGCUUAGAGGGUUGAACAUGUUUAGGGGCGAGAUAUUUGCAUACCCUCUGUUUCUGCAGAAGGAACUGGCCACAAAAACAAACUGCAAGUUCUUCUGCACUGACAUCAUGUGUCGAUAUUGGCCCUAUCUUCAAAAGGUGGCUCAAUCAUUCCCAGAAAUGCAAAACCUGACUCAGAUGAAGCCAUUUCUCUCAGUUAUGCAUGCAAAGGGGCACUCUACAAAAUGUGAGGUGCAGUGGGGUGGCAAAAAUCAAACAGGGGCAGGCACAACAAUUGGUGAAGUUGAACAAGUGAACAGCUUUUUGUCCCGUGUGGCUCUAACUACAAAAUACAUGAGUAAGGCUGCACGAGUAGAUAUGAUCACAUUGCAUGCCAGAGGAUGGAAUGAGCGCAAAAAAAGAAACCUGCACAAGUACUUGUCUACACGGUACUUGAAGGUUUUUGUGACUUUCCAUUAAUUAUUCUUUUGAGAC